ACGAUGGAACAGAGCACUGGUCAGAGAGAGGAAGGUCGCACUUCAAUGCUGUGAGACGGUCCCCACCAUACCUUCUGUGGCUCAAUAUUAGUUUGAUACAGGCCACACAAAGCAAAACAUAUCACAUUUAUCAGAAAGAUGUGGAAGAAGACUGGAAGGACAAAGCUUUAAGUCCGUCAGUCAGAUAGAUCAUAAUAUUACCGUUACAGUUACAGUAUACUGAUCUGCACAGGAAUAUCUUCACAAACAGUUUAUUUUUGGACCAGGGCUAUUUAAUAGGGUUGUUACAGAUAAACAUAAGGAAGUGUGUGAUCUGCCCUGCAGUCAAUAUGAUGUCAGACGAGUACCUGGUGGAGUGUAAGAUUGACGACGACGACAGUGAUGAUGAUGAUGAUGAUGAGGUGAAGAAGAUCCACCUCUCUCCACCUCCUCCACCCCAGUUCACCUCUAGCCCCCCUAUUACUCCCCAGCCUUGGCUCACUCACAUUGACAUCAGGGAUCCCAGUGGUGUCAACAAACACUUGAAGGUAGAGUUCAGUGACAUUUUGGCAGAGCCUGCCUCCACACAUAGCUAUGACCGUGUGUGGGUGUACAGUGGAAUUGCCUUUGAGUCAAUGCGGCUGUGGGGCUACCGUUGUCUGACAGCAUUAUGUGCUGUUCCUGUGUCUUGCCUUUUUGGCUGUCUCUUUGCCCUGCUGGCCUGUAUGCACAUCUGGUGUGUGAUGCCUUGUAUUCAGGUGUGUCACACCUGCUUGCCCUGUGUAAGGUCACUGUGGAUGAGUGUGGUCAAUAUCUUCAUUGCUCCAUUCUGUACAUCUGUGGCCCGCUGCUGCAGUGGCAUAUAUGUGCUGUUCUCAAAAGAGUAAGGAAGAACAAGAAGACAGAACUUGAGGAAGUUAACCAAAAGCUUUUCUCACAAUUGAAGUCCCUAUAAGGACUUUCUGCCUUGGUCCUGAAAAGUAACCAAAGUGAACUCUAGUUACUACCAAGACACGCAAACAAGAGGAUUACAGGGGCCUGGGUAGCUCAGCGAGUAAAGACACUGACUACCACACCUGGAGUCACAAGUUCGAAUCCAGGGUGUGCUGAGUGACUCCAGCCAGGUCUCCUAAGCAACCAAAUUGGCCCGGUUACUAGGGAGGGAAGAGUCACAUGGGGUAACCUCCUCGUGGUCGCUAUAAUGUGGUUCUCGCUCUCGGUGGGGCGCAUGGUGAGUUGUGUGUGGAUGCCGUGGAGAAUAGCGUGAAGCCUCCACACAUGCUAUGUCUCCGCGGUAACGCACUCAGCAAGCCACGUGAUAAGAUGCAUGGCUUGACGUCUCAGACGCGGAGCCAACUGAGAUUCAUCCUCUGCCACCUGGAUUGAGGCGAGUCACUACGCCACCAUGAGGACUUAAGAGUGCAUUGGGAAUUGGGCAUUCCAAAUUGGGGACAAAAAAAGGAUUACAUAAUUAACUUGAUUUUUUACUUUAUGUUGAAUGUCAAAUACAGUGACAAACAUUUUAUGCCAUUAAAGUGUACUAUUCUUUCACAAUGACAAAGAGCUCAGAAGUGAAUCUAUAACAUUUUAUUUGACAUAAGAAAAACAAUAUAAAUGCAAUUAAAUGUUUAAUAAAAUAUUAAAUAAAUAUCUUUGUUUUUUAUAUGACUAUUUGUUUGCACAGUUUGAUAUGAGGCAAUGUCAUGUAUUAUCUAUAAAGCAAUUAUUAUUA